AUGGAGGUGUUACACCGACCUACUUCUUUACAUGCAUCGCAACAGGCCAUGUUUUAUCGCCCUGUCAUGCAACACGUACUAACGACACCAACUGACUCAUACACCUGUUAUUCCUUUGAUGUCAACACGCCUUCUCGUACCCCAACCCCAGAAAGGUCCUUCAGGACAUACUCCAAACAUGGACCCAGCCUGGACACUCCAUCUCAUCCUACAACUUUACAGUCAGUACUUCAUGGAGUUGUCCCUGCAGCCUAUUCACACCUGACCACGUCAGCGUUACAACAUCCAUCCCUACUUAAAGAGUCGUCAGUAACCACCAACAGUCUAUAUGUAGAACGAGACUCCUCACAUCGAUCAGUAUCGCCAUGUCUCAGUGUCCACAGUUCAUCUAGCUAUAGUUCCAGACCUUCUUCGCGUGAAUCUCAUACCUCUUUGGACUCCUUCUCUGACUGCCAAACACAGCCUAUGGAUCUUAGCUGUAAAAGAACAUCCCGCAAGAGAUCAGCAGUGUCCGCUUUCCUUGAUGUUGCUUCUAUGAACAAUAACUCAUCUCUCCUGUCCUCAUCCCUUCCAGCAAAGUUCAGCUCAACAUCUUCCUUUUCAAUAUCCUCUUCCUCCUCCUCAUCGUCAUUCCCAUCUUCAUCCCCACCUAUGCCAUCUAUGCCUAGAUACCCCCCAAGUCCCGCAGAAGGACACAACGGUGAGUUUUCUCUUCUUCGGAAUCUCCUCAGUGUAGGAAAACACCACCACCACCACACCACCUCAUUUAUGAGCGAGUCGACACCAAAUCUUACCACAGACAGAAUAUGUGAUUCCCCUGCUUCGGACUCUUUCCCAAGAACGCCAAUAACCGGAACCACCAAAGUCCAACUGGCCAAGAAGAACCUGUUUCCAGUCAGCCGCAGAGUCUCUGACUGGUUGGUGAAAAUCAUCCAGUUUGCUGAAUCCAUCCCCGAGUUCUCAGCUCUGCCCCACAACGAUAAAAUAACUCUGAUCCUCAAUUCCUGGGCUCCGAUUGUGCUUCUCUACAUGGCUGAGAGCAAUUUCCAAUUUGCAGUGACGCCUUCAACUGCAGGUGACCCGUCAGUUGAUGAGGUAUCUCCGUCACAAGACGAGCCGACUAUGAAAGCCGUUGAGGGUCUGCAGACUUUCAUAACAAAGUGCCAGCAGAUGUCAGUAGAUGCGAAAGAGUAUGAUUUCUUCCGCAUGUUGGUUCUGUUUAACUCUGGUUAUCCAGGAUUAAGUAGCCCUAACAAGAUUGACCAGAUCAGCUCGGUGGUCCAGCAACUCCUGCAACAGCACGUCUGCGUCUCCAGGCCCAGGGACGUGAUGCACUACUCCCGCCUCUUGAUGUGCCUCCCGUCGCUCUACAGCACCAACAGCAGGAUGUUUGGGGCCCUCUUCUGUAAGCAUAUCACCAAGAGCCUGGAUAUGGAGAUGCUUCUGAAGGAUUUACUCAAAGCAUAUCAUAACCAAUCGUCUAUGUCCAUGCUUUCCAGAAGCUUCUAG